CGGUCCGCGGCGACUCAGGAGCCACGUUAUGGCCGCGGCACGGGUGCUGCUACUUCUGUCCGGGCGCCGGGAGUCGGCGAGCUUCUCGCGGAGCGUGUGUGGCCUCUUAGGCGCCGGACCAGGGCUCGGGCCGUGGCCCACGCAUUGCGACUUGAGACGAGGACGGCUCGUCCUCUCGGACAGGCCAUUCCCGGGCGCCUCGGCCACGCUUCCGCUCCAGCGACCCCCUUUCUGCCCGUUUGCUGCCCUGGACCAGCAGCCCAGAUCCUUGGGGACGGAGUUGCCCACAAACCGUGGUGUAGAUCUGGGUGUGGCCGUCAUUCUGCAGUCUUGCGACCAGACUGUCUUGUUGACCCGGAGGACACACACUCUCAACGUUUCCCCCAAUCUCUGGGUACCCCCAGGUGGGCAUGUGAAACUUGAUGAAGAGCUGCUGGACGGAGGGCUUCGAGAGCUUUGGGAGGAGAGUGGACUACAGCUACCCCAGGACCAGUUCUCUUGGGCCCCUCUGGGACUAUGGGAGUCCGCCUACCCACCUAGGCUGAGUUGGGGUUUCCCCAAAUACCAUCACAUCAUUCUCUAUCUACAUGUGAUUUCCCAGGAGUCACAGCAGCAGCUGCAGGCACGGAUCCGACCAAACCCAAGUGAAGUGAGCGCUCUUGUGUGGCUGGGACCAGAUGUAGCAGCGGCAGUGGCUGCCACAGAGGAUGGGACUGAGACAGCCAGACCUCUCCCCCAGGACCUAACACCCUCUGUACUCGCCCUGCAACUGCAGGAGGAUGGAGGAGCCCAACCUCUGGCCUUGCCCAUGUCCACACUGUUGCGGACGACCCCAACCACACCAGAAGACACAGAGAGAGUCAGCACGGGGACCAAGUAUGCCCUCAGGCUCUGGCUGCAACAUCGGGGAAGACCCUCACUGUGUGAAAGUGGAGCUCAGGUGGACACAGGGCAGGCAAAGGAGAAACUGAGCAUAGACCCCCUAUCUCCAAACCAGGGGUCUGGAAAGUGAAGUGCAUAAUCCCCUCCCUAGCCCAUCUCCAUGACACUCACAGAACAUUCACAACCUUUAUUAUGAGUAAGAACUUCCCUACAACUUUGGGAAUGAAAAGUAAAUUACAACAUAGGUUCUAGGCUCUGGAAAAGCUUGAAAAAGAAGAUUGGGAAUGAGGGCAUGAGGGUCCUCCCACUUCCCAGGAAAGGUGCAGAAUGAGUCAGGCCUAACCACAGGGCCAUCGACCUCUGGAAGCUUAGACCCUGGGCUGGUUAGCAUAAGAAACACUGUGAACUUUAAAUAUAUAAAUAGAGAGAGACCCAAGCAAUAGGCCAGACCGUGCUCCCAAACCCCUGGGGAUCAGGACUAAGGCCUUAUCUCCUCCUCAGUCAGACUGGGAAGUGUUAGUCAGGGGAAGUCAUCUUUGGAGUAUUUUGGUUUUCCUUGUUUAUGUACAAAA